UUCAAACAAUUCAUAUUUCCGAUUUCUUGAUUUCCAAAAGCUGUUUCGGAAAUCGGAACCAUGUUUGUGUGGUCUUUGGGAGUCGCAGGAUACAAAUCCACCUUGAAAGCCGCCGGCGCCGGCCAAGUGUUGCAGUGGGAGUUGAGAGGGGCCGAUUUAUCGGAUGGGGUUCGAGUUCGAAACGGAAACUGAAAAGCCUGUGCGAGAAUUAUCUGAACUGUUAACCGGAAGAAGUGUGAUCUUAAAAAGCCCACGCGAAAUGCCACGUCUUUUUAUGGUUCUCAUUUUCACGUUCCGGUUCCGCCCAAUCGCCCAUGCCAACGUGAUGAUGACUCGUGACUGUAGCUCGAAACAACAACCCUCUCUAUAGAGUUUCUUUGCUCGAACUAUGUUUGAGAAAACGUCUCUUAGAAAGCUGAGCUGAACCAGGUCGCAAAGCGCAGAAGCCAAAGCAGAAGCCAGAGUUCCAAGAGCUAGAUAGAUGUGGAGGCGCAUCGCUCCCCUUCUUUCUCCUCUCCUUUCUCCGACCAAAUCGUCUGCUCUUCAACAGGGCAUAUGUAGAUUGAGAGUUUGGGAAGCUUUCACCAUAGACAUCAUGCAUCCGGCCAAUUGUGGAUUUGCCUCUGAAGCGAAGACCCCACUCAUAACUUUUGUCUUAGGUGGUCCUGGUAGUGGAAAAGGUACACAAUGUGCAAAAAUUGUGGAGACCUUUGGAUACAAACACCUUAGUGCUGGAGAUUUGCUAAGGAAGGAAAUAUCUUCUAAUAGUGAAAAUGGUGCAAUGAUCCUUGACACAAUUAAGGAAGGGAAUAUUGUUCCUUCUGAAAUGACAGUGAAACUAAUUCAGAAGGAGAUUGAAUCAAGUGAUAACCAUAAAUUUCUCAUUGAUGGUUUCCCACGAUGUGAGGAGAAUCGCAUUGCAUUUGAACAAAUUAUGGGUAUGGAACCAAACACGGUGCUUUUCUUUGACUGUCCAGAAGAUGAGAUGGUUAAACGAGUGCUUAGCCGCAAUGAGGGUCGAGUUGAUGAUAAUAUAGAUACAAUCAAGAAACGUCUACAAGUGUUUGCAGCAUAUAAUCUUCCUGUUAUCAAACACUACACUGAGAAGGGAAAAGUUUACAAGAUAAAUGCAGUAGGAACAGCAGAUGAGAUAUUCAAACAAGUUCGCCCAAUUUUCAUUGAGCUGAUGGUUAAAUGAAGGAAAUUUGGAAACAAGAGAAAGAAGAGAAGCAGUAGAUGUAGCUAGGGUUAGGGCAUUGAUCCUAGAUUUUGAUUGAGUGCCCCUGCCAUGUCUUUUGAGAGGACGCCCUGGUGCAUGAUUGACUACACCGUUUGCAGUUGGAGAAAGAUGUUCCAGCCAUUUAAUAACAAACCCAGCUGACAAUGUAACACUUGCUCAGUGCCUUUGCCUUUUAUACUUGACAUUAUGCUGUUGGAUAAAGAUAUCCCAGCCAUGUAAUAACAAAUCCAGCUGACAAUGUAACACUUGCUCAUUGCCUUGCCUUUUAUACUUGAGAAAUGAUGUAUACUGUAACAGCAACUACUGUUGUUUCCUUGCUGUUUGGGCAAGUUCUCUGAGAUUGAUUUUCA